UUCUACUUAACGGUGGCCGAUUUGAAAAUAAUUUAUUACUGUUGUGACAUCGUAGGACUUGAUUGAGAAAUUAAAUUGACCAUUCUAACGAUUUAACAGACGUUUGUUGAAUAUUAUAUCGUAGUUAAAGGUUUCUAGCCGUUAUUGUUAAGGAAGUAUAACCUAUAACACCAUGGGUGACUCCGAUUUUAGCAAGUUAUUACAGCAAGCGGAACAGCUAACAACAGAGAUAGAAGGCAAUGAAGAACUGCCGAGGGUCGAGCGCUCCUUAGGACAGGUGUUGGAGGCUUCACAAGAGUUAUAUUCCAAAGUUAUUCAAUCUGGCGCCAACGACAUCCAAGCCCAUCUGCUGUUCGGUUCAAAGGGAAUAGAUUUGCAGCAAAUAUCUCAAAAGCUAGAUACAUUGAGUUCCAAACGCACAUUUGAGCCCCUGCAGCCUAUUGCGGAUUCUGAUGUAGAGAGUUUCUUAAAGAAUGAGAGGGAAAAUGCUAUAUUAUCGCUAAUCGAUGAAGUGAACAGAAAUGCAAUACAAACAGUUGAAGAUCAAAAAUGGGAGCACAUGGUCUCAGAAUGGAACAAAGAAAAGAUUAAGCUAAUGAAUGCCAUGAUAGGCCCGUCACAAAACUGGCUAGAUUUAAAACGCACAGCUGAGCCGCCUAGCAUUGCUGACACUCCCAAGAAGUUUGGACACUCUAUCCUAGAUCCGGUGGAGGUGGCAUAUUCAAAGCAAGUCCAUCAGUAUAAUAAGUUGGUGUUCCAAGGUUCUAAGUCGAGGACACCGUUGUAUCAGAAAUUUGCACAGGUGGCUGAAGAGCUGAAUGACCCUAAAGUGAAAGAGAUGUGGGAAAUUAUAAAGACCAUGGCCAAUGUUCCACUGCUUGCAAGGGAGGAGGACCCUUUGAAGUUGCGAGGAAACCCCACCAACCAGCAGUACUUCAUAGCACUAGGGAAGAAGUAUUUGGAAAAGAGGUAUAAGCAGUACAUGAGCGACGUGGUCCGCACGAAUCCCGGCUGCGCGCUGCGCGGCGGCGAGCCGGGCACCUACCCCCUCGUGCGGGGCUUCGUCGCCCUGCGGCUGCAGGCCGCGCCCGCGCUCGCAGACGGUACUAUCGACGACCGUCCUCUCUGGCCUAUGGUGUACUACUGUUUGAGAAGCGGUGAUGCUACUGCGGCGCUGCAUUGCCUCAGGAAGGCUGGGCGCGACCACGAAGAGUUUAUUGCGGCUCUGGAGGAGCACAUCAGCAAUCCGGAGAAGGCUUUAAGUGAUAAGCUGCAAACUGCCAUCAACUUCCAGUACAGAAUCCAAGUUCGCAAUUCACCAGAUCCAUAUAAAAGAGCUGUAUACUGCGUGGUGGGUGGCUGCGACCCGAGCGACGAACAUUCCGAAGUAGCUCGCACGGCCGACGACUAUCUGUGGUUGAAACUAGCAGUCAUCAAGAGCGGAUCUACGCAGACCGAGUCUUUCACUUACUCUGACUUGCAGAAACUGAUCUUAGAAGAAUAUGGUGAAACACAUUAUCACGCGUACGAAAAACCACUGGUGUACUUCCAAGUCCUAACAUUGACUGGACAGUUUGAACCGGCGAUUGAAUUCCUGUCGAGAAUACCAAGAUAUCGAGUACACGGUGUUCACAUGGCUCUGGCGCUACAUGACGUCUACAUGUUGGGGACACCUCGCAACGUCCAAGCGCCCCUACUGUCGGUGGACACGGAAGACCCGCCGCCGCUGCGCCGCCUUAACCUGACCCGCCUGCUGUUGCUCUACGUGAGGAAGUUUGAGCUCACAGACCCCUCUGAUGCUUUACACUACUACUUCUUCCUCAGAAACUUGAAAGACCCCGAAGGCAAGAACCUAUUCAUGUGCUGUUGCACGGACCUAGCCCUAGAGUGCCGCGACUUCGAGCUGCUGUUCGGGCGCACAGACACCAACACCGGCGUGCGCAGCCCCGGUCUGCUCGACCAGUUCAACAACCCACACAUUGACAGCAAAGUAAUCGCCAUGAAUGUAGCUGAGCAGCUCGUCAACAAAGGCCUGUUCGAAGAUGCCAUUACUGUUUAUGAUAUAGCCGAGAACCUCGAGAAGGUCCUAGAGCUGUUCUGCAUGCUGCUGCCCCAAGUGCUGGUGCAGAGCGGCGGCGGCGCGCUGCGCGGCCGGCUCGGCGCGCGCGCCGCGCACGUGUCGCGCCGCCUGCGCCGCGAGGGGCCUGCGCUGCCGCCCGCACUAGUGGAAGCGUACACUAAGCUGUGCAAGCUCAUCACCUUCUUCGAUCAGUUCCAUGCUGAGAAUUACGAUGCCGCUUUGGAGACGCUGCGCGAGUGCGAGCUAGUUCCCCUUCGGCGCAGCGAGCUGGAGGCGCGCGUGGCGGGCGCCCGCGCGGCGCUGGGCGCGCUGCUGCGCGCGCUGCCGGCCGUGCUGCGCGCCGUGUGCAGCAUCCUCGUGGCGCAGCGCCAGCGCCUGCGCGCCGCGCCCAGGCAGGCCACGCUCGGCGCGCCGCACACCAACACCGACAAGCAAUUGGAAUGGCUCCGGGAGCAGGCGGAGGUGCUGAACACGUUCGCGGGCAACAUCGCGUACAGGAUGCCCGGCGACACCUACAGCCAGCUGGCGCAGAUGCAGAUCCUUAUGCACUAAUGAGUAAAGAUCAUUUUUCAAUAACAACUACGUAAUUAUUAAAAUAUUUUUGUAAUUAACAAAAUCA